UUUACAAUUAAACCUUUUAACCUUCCUCCUUUUUAAUUUCCACUUUCUAAAAAUAAUUUCUCUGCAUUUUUCUUUUGAUCGGAAUUCUUUGCUCCUUUAUCUUUAGAAAUUAGAAUUAUAAUUGGAACUGGAACUGGAACUGGAAGUGGAAUUAGAAUUAGAAAUCUUCUUCUUUUUCUUUUUGUUGUAUAUGAUAAUCCAUAGGGUUUUAUAUUGUUCCCUUAUUGUAUAGGGUUUUGGAUUCUUUUUAAAGUUUCGAUUUAGGCUAUUGCAAUAUUGUAAUUAUUCCCCUUUUUUGGUAAUUUGAUUUGCUAAUUUGACUGUAAAUGAAAAUAAGAGUGAUUAUUGAUUUAGGAAUUUAGGGUUUUCGAUUUUCUUAUAUGGAGAAUCCGCGUAGAUCAUUUGAUAGAUCCAGAGAACCUGGUUUGAAAAAACCACGGUUAACUGAAGACCUCACUCCGAACCCUAAUAUCCGGCCUUUUUCUCAACGAGCGAACCCAGUUGCCGCCUCUGGUUUGAGAUCCCGGUCCAAUGAUUCCGACAUCAAUGAUUUGAUCAGUGGCGACGGUGGAGCUUACGAACCACAACCAGUGUCACAUCAGCAGCAACACCAGCAGCAGCAAGAGUUAGUUAGCCAAUAUAAGAUGGCGUUAGCUGAGCUCACUUUUAACUCGAAACCAAUUAUUACUAACUUGACGAUAAUCGCUGGCGAGAAUGUUCAUGCCGCCAAGGCCAUUGCUGCUACUGUCUGCGCUAAUAUUCUUGAGGUUCCCAGUGACCAAAAGCUGCCAUCACUCUAUCUUUUAGAUAGUAUUGUAAAGAAUAUUGGGAGAGACUACAUUAAAUGUUUUGCUGCCAGAUUACCGGAGGUGUUCUGCAAAGCAUAUAAACAAGUUGAUCCUCCCUUGCAUCAGAGUAUGCGACAUCUUUUUGGAACUUGGAAAGGGGUUUUCCCUGUUCAGACUCUCCAGGUGAUUGAAAAGGAACUUGGCUUCACUCCUUUGGUAAAUGGUUCAUCUUCAGGAAACACAACAUCCAGAACGGAUACACUAUCACAGCGUCCACCACAAAGUAUUCAUGUAAACCCAAAGUAUCUAGAAAAGCAGCGUCUUCAACAAUCAAUCAAGGUGAAUUUGGCAAAAGGUAUAGUCAAUGAUAUGGCUGGGACUUUGGCCAACUCAAAGGAGGAGUCUGAGAAGUGUUUUAAAAUUCCUGGCAUAGAAGUUAGAAGAACCAGGGGGAAUGUUACUGAUCAGGGGCUUGAUGCGCCUUGGUUUAGAGCUACAAGCAGUGUUACUGAGACUAUUCCCAGCCAGAGGAAUGGUUUCAACGUUAAGCAUGGAUCGCAAAAUUACUCCGCAUCCAAAUCUGUGAAUGCUGAUCCUCGUUUACACCGAACUCACAAUAUUUCUGGUAGAAACAGCGGUGGGUUGUCUAGCAGCUGGAAAAACUCUGAGGAGGAGGAGUUUAUGUGGGAGAUGCACUCUAGGUUGUCUGAACAUGAUGCAACCAACUUCUCUAAUAACUUGAGGAAAGAUUGUUGGACUCCUGAUGUUUCAGAAAAAAUGGAUUUUGAAAGUCAGCUCCACAGACCUCAAAGCAUUCAUGAUGCGGUGUCAAGGUUUGAUAGAGAGACUUCUGCUGAUGCAUUAUCCACUGAGCAGAAGGACAAACCUUCUUUUGGCCGUCAGAUUUCUACUUCAUGGACAGAUGGUCUGCCUGCUAUUAGUUCAAGCCGUUCUGAGAGCUAUUCUGCUAGUCUUGGUGGGUUGCCUACUGGUGCAAGUUCUUCCCUGGCCAGGAUAGGAAUGAGACCACAAACAAGUUCAUCCCAUUUGGGAACCCCAGGCUUUGGGUUUUUGGCGAAUGUGGCAUCAGGACCCACAGGUACUUCUGGAAAGCAGUGUUUUCAGUCUGUAGGAACUGCAUCACCUCCUGAACAGUCUCCUAUGCGCCAGCAUUCACCUUCACCUUCAUUUCCUGCAUGCCACUCCCAUCAACAGCUACAGAAAUUGGCUGAUCCAGAUUAUCAGCAAGUUCUUUCCCUGCCUCGGGCUGAUCCCAAACCAUCUAUUUUUUCAGGAAAGUUGAAUGUUGGGUCUCAUAGAGACUCUCCUCAGACUUCUGCCCCGAUUUCUUUGCAUCCUAGCCGUCAUUAUCACCUUUCACAGCCACCCCUACCAGGCUCCGUGCAGGCUGAACCUUCUGGUCAGACUCAGAAGUCUCUUCUAUCUCAGAUCUCCAAAGUAGAAGCAGCCUCAGCACUUGGAAGUGCAUUGGAGCGUUCUAAUCCACUUGCUAUUGAAACUUCAGAACUAUCAAGUACUAGUAGUCUAUUAGCUGCUGUAAUGAAGACUGGAAUCCUCUCCAGCACUUCAUUUACUGGCAACCUUCCAACUAAGAUUUCUCAAGAUGUUGGGCAAAUUUCACAGCCUCCUCUCCCAAAUUGUCCUCCUGUUUUCACAACCUCAGGCUUGAUUGAUGCUGCAGUUUCAUCAGAUGCAACUCAUGAUGCAAUAGCAGGUGCUCCGAAUAGUUCCCAGGAAAAAGUAGAACAGCUGCCACUGCCUCCUGGACCACAACCUUCAUCUCUUGUUAGUAAUGCCCCAUCGCAAACUUCUGAUGCUGAAAGCAAGGAUACAAAUCCAAUAUCUAACCUCCUGAGCUCAUUAGUUGCAAAAGGUUUGAUAUCUGCAUCAAAGAAGGAUGCUGCAUCUCUCCCAUCUCUUCCGAUGCCCAACCAAAUACAGAAGAGCCCAGGAGUCGAGAGUCCAAGUGAAUCACUGAACAAGAGUUCGGACAUUCAGAGUUCAUCUGAUGCUCCUCGAUCCUCCACAAUGGAUGAGGUAUCAUAUGCUGAACCUGCUCCAAAAUGUUUAGUUGCCCCACAUCAGUCCACCUCAACAGAAGUAGAAAGCUUGAUAGGAUUAGAACUCAGGCCAGAUGUAAUCAGAGAAUUUCAUUCAUCUGUGAUCGGUGGAUUGUUGGAUGACCUUCCACAUUGUUGCAGCUUAUGUGGUCUUCGACUUAAGCUUCAGGGACAGCUUGAUAGACACUUAGAGUGGCAUGAAAUGAAAAAGACUGAAUUAAGAGGUUCUGGUAGGGCAUUGAGGGGAUGGUAUGUGAGGUCAGAUGAUUGGCUUGCUGGAAAGCCUGGGCAAUUGGUAUUGGAUUCCACUGAUUCUCUGAACAAGUUGGAAAAGACAACAGAAAAGGCUGAGCGUAUGGUGCCUGCAGAUGAAAAUCAAUGUGCAUGCUUGUUAUGCGGCGAGCUAUUUGAAGAUUAUUUUAGGCUGGACAGUGGUGAAUGGAUGUUUAAGGGAGCAGCAUACUUGGCUAUCCCAUCAAAGGAGGGUGGGGUGGGAACUACUGAUGGGAGUGCAGCCAAUGGCCCCAUUGUGCAUGCAAAUUGCAUGUCAGAAAGUUCAGUUCGGGACUUGGGACUGUCUGGUGGUAUUAAAGUGGAAAUGGAGGAAUAACGCUGUAAGGUGAAUGAAUGGAGCUAUCAGUUGCAGUGCCAUCAGUAGAGCCCUGACCAAAGAAUCCAGGUUUACUUUGUCCUUAGCUUAAAUGUUAACAAACGGCCCUUGUAUGCUAAUUUUUGUGGUGCUGAGAGUGUCUACUAGUGUUGUUGCUUUUAUCGUUCCCAUUUUUGUUUUCCUUCCUUUCAAAGGUUAAAGUCUGAUAGAAAUAUAAGUGCAUAUAAAUACCUCAUAAUUUUUGCCUUUCCGUGUUUGACAUGUUGCGUUAUAUUAAUAGUUUUUUUUCCCUUU